AUGGCCUGCCUGUAAGUCUUAAGAUUGAAGUAUGAACAAAUGGCGCUAAUUUGGAAAUGCUAAUCCACAUUUUGAAAGAUAACCGUUUGAGAGUAUUCCCGCUCAGUCUAGGUGACAUGGCAAACAAGGCUGUGCAAACACCUUGAACUCCCCCAUGAUAUCUACAGGCACAAAGUCAGCCUGACCACUACUACAGUGUCACCACAGGCUAAUACAGUACACUCUACCUGGCCGUUGCCCAUUACUCCUUCGUUGAUAGGUAAGGACUGAGAAAGGUGAGGGCUUUUCAGGUACUGCUACGAUAACACUCUCGACGGGCUUAUUGAACGACACAUUAACAUUUCCUUUAAAAUGUCAUCUACACUGAGAAUGGUGAUGCUGUUCAGCAUGAUGGGUGAGUAACUUAUUGUUCCUGUAUUAUACUUUUUUUUAAACAGUAAUGAGGAAGGAUUUUGUACCUACUGUAUAUAUCUUGGCCUUACACAUUGGAGUGUUACAUAUUUGAGAUUAAAGGAUCAUGUUCAAGCAGAGGAAAAUACUCAUAAAAGUAAAAAAAAUGAUAUGUUUUUUAACAGUCUUCUUUUUUCUAGGAUGUGGGCAUUUAAUGACAGUGAUGGUUCCCCAGAAAUCUAUGAACGUGACAAAUGGUGAAAGUGCUCUUCUCCAGUGCACGUUUGUAACCACCGCGCAGAACACCAGCGACCUCAUCAUCCAGUGGAGUUUUGUUGCCAAAACCUCCAUUGUGCCACAGCAGGUAUGUAGACUGACGUUACUAUGUCUUACGUUGCCACAAUGUCACACUCCCUGUGUCCUCAAAGUCACCUGGACCAUUCUACACACCCAGUGCUCCAAAGGAUAUUGUUCGGUUCAUGGACAAAAGUGCUAAAGGCAAUGUUAUUGCACUUACAGAGUCUGAAUUUGAAAAUGUGUGAUCAAACUGCUUUCAGGUAUACAUGGAAAUUCAGGAGAGUCAUUGCAGUUGUUGUGCAUGCGAUUGAAUCAUAUGAGGUCCCACAAGGAUUGAUGAUUUGAUUUGUUUUAUUAUUAUUGUGUCAUGCAUCUUCUGGAUGCCCAGCCCACAUGGGCUUAUAAGACACUGUAUUUGCUUUAGCAAAAUAAAAUAAUCAUGUCUAUAUAUGCACACAUACAUACACAGUAUAUAAACAUACGUUCAUACAGCAGUGAAAAACAGUUGAGAGAACAAAACAAAAACAUUUCAAAUAUACAACUGAUCUUGUCAUGUCUUCCAAGCUGGACACAUAAUUUGCAACCAGGAAUACUUAUUUCCUAAAUAGCCAUUAAAGUUUUUCUAAUUCAGAAUAGUUCCUGUUAUCUUGCAACAUUUUAUCAAACAGUAUAAUUCUCAAAUCAUCAUAUAAAGUACAAUAAAAUAAAAAGUGGAGUUCAUUCUGGACUGCCCCUAAAUCACAAACAGUACAUAGUUGCUCUUGAUUGUUGUGCUUCAGUAUGUUGGUGCUUCAGUAUUUUCAUAAAAGCCGAAGCAGGUAGUAUUCAAUAUGGUGGUUGCUCUUGAGAGCCCAUUUUGUGACACACCCUAGCAAGACAACAAAGAGCACAGUCACCAGAGCACAAGUGGCUCCCUGCCCUCUUACCAGAGGCAGUGUUACAGUAGAGCAGAACCUCAGACCUCAGAAUUCUCAUGUCACACAGUCUCACUAACACUUGGGGUUGCUCCAACAUUUUUGGCAUAUUGUAACCUUCUUCUGUAGAAUGAGUAGUCUCUGAAAUAUCAACACGAAAUCUGUCAGUGCACAAAUUGUGUUUUUAGUAAGAAAUGGUUGUCCAGUGGUUGCUUUUAUGCAGGCUCUAAGACAUUCUUGCUGUUACUUUCUAGGUGUAUUACUCUCAGUCAGGAGAGGACGUUAUUUCUAAACCGUAUGAAGGCAGGUUGAAGCCUCCCACCUAUCCAACUACUGGGAAUGCCUCAAUAACAAUAAGCAACAUGCAAGUGUCAGAUGCAGGGGCCUACACCUGCGAAGUCCACAACUUCCCUGAUGUCAAUGGGAAGACUGAGGCCACUAUCAUUGUCAACGUUCUUGGUAAGUUUUGUUUUUACAUUUGGUCAAAUGCUUUGAAAUUAGUAAUGGUUUAUUUAAUCAAUUAAUACAAUGAAGUCACAUAUAAUAGUAACGUAAAUCUUCUUCCUAUUUCAGUGUCAACACAACACACAAGCAGAUCUAUGAAAUAGUUACCCUGUUUUUCCUAGUCUGAGUUUUGUGAUCAUUGAAUUACAUGCCUUCUGUGAUUCCACACAUCCACAGAGUUACCAGGCCAACCUUGCAGGCCUCAGUGUCCACAGUAGUUUCCAUGGGAACUGGAGCAGACUAGUCUCUUCAUUGUCAGUGUCAGAAAUUAGAACAGGAACACAGGAGUACAAGACCGCCUCCCGACAUGUCUCGUACUCCACAGGAAUAGACUGGAGAGACACAUGACUAUUUUAAAUUAAAUUAAUAAUUCCCAGUUCGAUGGAGCAGAGAGGUUGUAGUGAAGCAUUACGGUGAAGGUAUUACACUGUAUUCAGUCCUACCAUAGAAAUGGUCUUGGCCUUUUAUUUUUAAUACUGUGUAUCUAUACACAUUUGAUUGUACAAAUCCACAAUGGCUGCUCAUCUUGCAAAUAUAUCAUUGUCUUAAUUGGUAAUGUCUGUUGUAUAAAUUCUUCAUUUUAGUCACCGUAAACACUGCCAGGAUAAUGGUGUACAGUACAAUGCCACCUUUGUCACCAUAGCAAAGUAUAAGAGACACUCAGGGGGAUGAUAUCAUCUUUACUAGACUGCUCAUGUUUGAAUGUACCACAGUAACGACUCGUAUCAAGUCCUGGCAUUCAGUGUUCAGCAUGAAAACGUCAACGGUACCUACUACUAAACCAAAUCCUGAAUGUUUAAAACCACAAGUAGGACCAGCGGGCUGGCCUACAGUUGAAUUUGUAGUUGACAGAGUGUUCUGCUGUGUAUAGUGUAUAAUGUACAGAUUAAUCAUUGAUCGCACAUGAAUUGCACUUUUCUACCUGUAUUUAUUGUAUAUGUUCUUUGUCUAUGUUUGAUUAUGUUUUUAUCUAUGCAUAGAGCCGCUACCAAAAUGUCCCCACAGGGAUAAUAAAGUCAUUAUUUUAAAUAGUUAGCUACUGGUCCAGGGCAAAGUGUUGACUUUUAUGUCUAACUUGGCUAUACCCUUUGGGCACUUUCUCUCCCUGCCAGUAGUUGGAUCAACUGGGUCCAGCUUGCAGUAUAUUACGUAAGGUUAACACUUGCUCUCUCUCUCUAUCACAUGGUCUGUAAGAGAGGCCAUCUGUGCCCUUCUGUGCUGUCCAUGGUGAUGUGGAGUCUGGUCACCUGGUUACCCUCACCUGCCACAGUGAGUGGGGAAGCCCCACCCCCACCUAUACCUGGACCAGACUGGAUCAGGAAAAGACCAAGAAACCUGUAAUGGGGAACACUGGUGGGUUGCCAUACUGUUCCUCUGUAGAACACGUUCCCCAUCACUCUGUUGUUCUCUGAUUCAUUAGAAUGCUUUUACUAGACUUGUGUUCCUUCUUUUUCUUUUCAGAUCCGAAAAUAGGAUCCUUGUACAUCAGAAACAUAUCCCAGUUUGAGUUUGGAGAGUAUCAUUGCACUGCCUCUAACGCUGUAGGAUCUGCUACUUGCACUGUGGAGCUCAACCAUGGUAUGGGUAAUAUAUACGUAUGCUGUUGUUUUUACUUUUAUUGAAUGUGGCAGAUCUUAUAUAAUAUCAUCUUUAAACACACUGCUGUAACUAAUCUUACCAAUAACCCACCAUUAACAGAGUUAAGAGACGGGGCCAUUGCUGGUGCAGUCAUUGGAGCACUUCUUGGAGCUGUCCUUAUUAUCCUUAUCAUCUGGUACAUGACACACUCCAUGAAGAAGCAGAAAUACAAGACUGCAAAGGCAACAGAGAUGCAGUGAGUGAUUAUGAUUUGUGCUGCUUUUAACUCAUUGACAAUAAUACAAUUAAAAUGUAUGGUGCAGUGUUUUACCUAUAGUUUCCCUUUCCCCCGCCAGAGCCAUCCCUAAGAGUUCGGCCACAGUGGCGUAUGAAGGCGUCCCUACCAGGGGGAGUGGCCAUCAAGCCUAUGAGAACUCUGGAGGGGUUCCUAUGGCAACAAGCAGCCACAUCCAUUCUGACGCUGACGGAGAGAAGGCUGAAGCUUAG